GGAAGGGGCAGAAGUCAGAAGAGUGUAUAAGUCUUGUCCUGCUGCCUUGUACCUGCUGCUUUUUCAUAGAGGAAGCAGAGAGGGGCUACAAGAGAAAAGACUGUAGCACAGCGGAGCGUGGUUCCUGCAGCUGAACCUGUUGAGGAAAUCCACUGGUCACAGGAUAAUCUGGGCCUUUUCAUCAACACUCAUGGGUCAGCUAUUCUCUGAUACAUCUAAGGAUGAAGACUGUGGAGAGCUGGAGUCUAGCUUUACUGCAUGUUUUAAGACUAACACAGAAAGCAAAAUCAUUCCUCAGGAAACCAUCGAUUCAAUUGAGUUACACCUGACAAAAGGAAACAUUCAGGGGGCAAACUCUGUAAUCAGUGCUGCAUUAAAAAAUAUUGAUAACAUCCCAAUAAACGUUGCUGUCACUGGAGAGUCUGGAGCAGGGAAGUCCAGUUUGAUCAAUGCCCUGAGGGGGGUAGGACCUGAAGACGAAGAUGCAGCUGAAGUUGGGGUGAUAGCGACAACUAUGAGGAGAACUGCAUACAAACACCCCAAAAUUCAAACUUUGACUUUAUGGGACCUGCCUGGCACUGAAACUGUGAACUUUCCACUGAAAGAUUAUCUGGAGAAAAUGAAAUUCCAAGAAUAUGAUUUCUUCAUUAUUGUUUCUGCCACACGUUUUACAAAACUUGACCUAGACCUUGCCAAAGCAAUCAAAUUCAUGAAAAAGAAUUAUUACUUUGUGAGAACCAAGGUGGACCUGGAUUUAGACAAUGAGAAAAAAUGCAAUCCACGCACCUUUGACAGAGAAAAGACCCUGCAGCAGAUCAGAAGCAUAUAUGUGAAUGCCUUCAGUCAGAAUAACAUGGAUGCUCUAAAGAUUUUCUUGAUUUCUAACAACAAUUUAUCUGACUAUGAUUUUCCUUUCCUAAUGGACACACUGGUAAAGGAUCUUCCUGAUCAAAAGCGCUACAAUUUUAUGCUUUCCUUGGCUAAUAUUACAGAACCAGCCAUUGACAGAAAGCGCAACUCUAUGCAGCAGGCUGUCUGGUUGGAAGCCUGCAAGGCUGGACUCUUAGCUACUGUUCCUGUAGUGGGCAUCCUCAGGGAUGAUGUGGAGAAGGUGAAGGAGAAGUUAAACCACUACCGAGUCCUCUUUGGAGUAGAUGAUGAAUCCCUGGAAGCCAUGGCUAAGGAUUCUCAAGUGCCUGUUGAACAAUUGAAAAAAAAAAUUAAAUCCCCUUAUUUGUUGGAAACUGAGGGAGAAACAACAUUAGGAGAAAUGUUUUUGAAGUAUUUGGAGAAAUUUACAUCAGCUACUGGUGGGCCCUUGGCUACAGGUCUCUACUUUAGGAAAACCUAUUACUUGGAAUAUCUUUUCCUUGAUACAGUGACUGAAGACGCCAAAGUUCUCCUUAGACAAAUUUAAGAAAGUAGUUUAAACUCACCUCAUCCACAGCUACUGACCGUGACAAGAUCAAAUGAUUACUAUCAAGAAGUCAUUAGAUGAAUUCCCCCUUCUGACAUAUUUUCUUUACUCUAACCAAACGACUAUCACCAUGGAGACACCUAAAGAUGGACCCUGCUUCUUACUAUGUCAUAGUCUGACAACCCCAGUCCCUCUUCCCCUCUCUACCCUCCUUCCUGUCUUCAACUCCAUCUGUUGAGGAAAAUUCUUUUAAGUGGGCAAAGAUGUGUUACAUUUGUUUAUGCUGCAGAAUAUGGCCUUAACUGUGUAAAAAGCAUGGUACAUUUGGCAUUCCAAUGUGGGGCCUGUAUUUUCAUGUAGGUCCUAAUAAAGCUGAAAAAAAAAAAGAAGCCACAGUUUAGUAAAACCAGCCAGAGCUAGGCCCAGAAUUCAAUGCUAAUAGCUCUCUGUGUCAUUAUUUGGGAGCUGAUUGGUGGCCCAAAACAAACCCUGGUACAUUCACCUGCACACUUGAAUACACACACACACACACACACACACACACACACACACACACACACACAUGCACAUAUCCACGAAUGUACACAUACAACACCCAAAGUGCACAAACACACACAAAAGAUAUGAAUAAGUACAUUGUAGCUAAUUCCUCCUAAUCAGCUAAUCAAACAUUCUAGUGGAAUCUCAGGAAGCUGGAGGCACUUGCCAUGCAUGUUUGAGAACCAGAGCACAAUUGCCAGAACCGAUGUAGAAGUUCAGUGAGUGUGGCAGCUACCUUGUACUUCCACACUCAGAAAGCAGAAACAGUGGAACCAUGGGGCAGGUUGGCUUGCUGGACUGUGUAGAUCUAUAGGCUCGGGAUUCAACUGA